AAUGGGUUCAGUUGUCUCUCAGCUAUCUAAACCAAGAGUCGUCAAUAUGUCCUCACCUCAGGCCGUGUUUGUGCAAAAUGUUCUCAAGGAACACAAAGUGGUUAUCUUUUCCAAAUCGUAUUGUCCCUAUUGUACCAUGGCAAAGGAGCAAUUUAAAAAACUAAAUGUACCUUACCACGUUAUUGAAUUGGAACAACGUCAAGACGGCGAUGAAAUACAAAAUGUUUUGGGUCAAAUGACUGGUGGCCGAACUGUACCUCGCUGCUUUAUCGAUGGCAAAUUCAUUGGUGGUGGCACCGAUGUCAAGAAAAUGUACGAAACUGGAGCUUUGCAAAAAUAUUUCAGCUGAAUUACCGCCGUUUCGAGUCAU